AUGAAGUUCUCAGCCACUCUUGCUAUUCUGUUUGCCGGACUUGCCGCGGCUAGUCCUCAGUUCUCUCAGAACCCCGACGGCAGCAUCAAUUUCACGCCUGCACCUCAAGGGCCCCAAAACUCCCAGGGCUUUUCCCAGGAGAGCUGUGACCAGGUUCGCGCCAAUCAUGGCGAUGACCUCGCUGGUAGAUUAGGGUGCAACGAAUUCAAAUAG